GGGGACGCCCAGAAGGUGUAUGACAUCAUCGAACCUGCACGUAAACUAGAUUACCAUUAUGUAUCUAGCUGCCUGAAUGACCUGUUCAAUCCCAACCACCAAGAAGAAAAAUACAGAAAUCAAUUGAGAAAGAGGCUGAAAAACAAGGGUGAAAGCGUCAAUUCCCUUGUCUAUGACAUUUUACGCUUAGCCAAUUUAGGUUAUCCUCACUUACCUGAGGAGUCCAGGGACCAGUUUGCUCUUGAUUCCUUCAAACAUGCCCUCAAAGUUACCGAUAGCCAAAUGAGUUACCACAUAUUCUCCAAAGCCCCGACUACCAUGCGUCAAGCUUUGGAUGCAGCCCUACAGAUGGAAGGGUUUGCCGAAGAUUCAUCCACACCGAUCCGUGCCGUCACCAUCAGUGAUCCUCAGUCAGCCGAGCCUGAUCCAAUGUCAACUUCAGCCUUUAAGGACCUAGCCGUGAGAAUGACCCAGUUCCUUGAUCGAAAGCCUGCUUCAGAUAGAUGUUUCUACUGCGGCCUCCUGUUCCACAAGGUUGCUAGGUGCCGUAUCCGGAAGGAUGAUUUAGAGAAGGGGCACAUAAAGACUGAUCAUCGUGAAAAGAGACCAGCCCAUUUAUGGCCCAACUCUAGUAAAGCUUCUUUAAACCCAGCCGGAGUGUCUCAAUAG